ACUAUCACCAAGCCUCCAAUUGUAUAAUAUCAUACAAUUAACAGAAAAACAAUGGGCAAAUUGACGUCCUUAAAAUAUUCAGCUGCAAUUCUAAUAUUGCUAUAUGCCUUGACCUUUUCCUUCUCAGUGAGUGCACGACCCGCCACUUUUCUACAGGACUUUAAGGUCUCUUGGGCCUACUCUCACAUCAAACAAAUCGAUGGCGGCAGGGCCAUUCAGCUUAUUCUCGACCAAAACUCAGGAUGUGGGUUUGCUUCCAAAAGCAAAUACCUCUUUGGACGUGUUAGCAUGAAGAUCAAGCUCGUGCCUGGUGACUCUGCUGGAACCGUCACCGCCUUUUACAUGAAUUCGGACACAGACAACGUAAGGGACGAGCUAGACUUCGAGUUCUUGGGAAACAGGUCAGGCCAGCCGUACACUGUCCAGACGAAUGUUUAUGUUCAUGGAAAAGGUGACAAGGAACAAAGGGUCAACCUUUGGUUCGAUCCAUCCGCUGAUUUUCACACUUAUACCAUUCUUUGGAACCACCACCACGCCGUAUUCUACGUGGACGCAGUACCCAUUAGAGUGUACAAGAACAACGAAGCAAAAGGAAUCCCAUUCCCCAAAUUCCAACCCAUGGGAGUGUAUUCCACAUUGUGGGAAGCCGAUGACUGGGCAACGAGAGGUGGAUUAGAGAAAAUAAAUUGGAGCAAAUCCCCAUUUUACGCAUACUACAAGGACUUUGACAUAGAGGGAUGUGCAAUGCCAGGACCAGCAAACUGUGCCUCAAAUCCACGCAAUUGGUGGGAAGGAGCUAAUUACCAACAACUCAGUGCUGUGGAAGCAAGGCAAUAUCGCUGGGUUAGAAUGAACCACAUGAUCUAUGAUUAUUGCACUGACAAAUCCAGAAAUCCAGUCACCCCACCAGAAUGUGUGGCCGGAAUAUGAAACUUUACAUCAACUGUUAAUUAUUUAUACAUAUUCAUUCCAGCUGCUUAUAGAUAUCCGUACGUACAUGUGACCCUACAAAAGAAAGUUGUUAUAUUUGUAUUGAUAUGGACAGUCAUGCUCAUGUCUGGAUGCUCGGUGAUAUUGUGAACGUGAGAUCAGUACUAAGAUUAAGGAGUGAGCAAAAGUCAGAUGUCCUCUUAUUGCUGUAAUAUAUUGUUGUUGUUGUUUGUAUUUGCUGUACACUGUACGAGAGCCAAUAAUGUCUCGUCUUGUUUGAUUGAGAAAUGUGAAAAGGAUGUGAUGUUUAUUGAG